ACUAUCUAAACAACAAGGUAGCCAGGCAGCACCGGCAGCUUGAAGCUUAGCUCGAUCGUGUUUGUGUGUGUGUGUCUGUCCGUCCAUGGCGCCGUCGGAGACGAUGCUGGAGUCGGCGGCGUACAGGCGGAUGAAGGCGGAGAACCCGUCCGAGUUCGUGCCGCGGAGCGUCUUCUUCGCGCGCGACGGCGGCAGCGGCAUCGACCGCCGCAACAGCCUCUGGGUCAAGGCUGCGCUCGUCUACGAGUCCGUCACCGGCCGCCACGUCGACGACGGCGCCAAGCCCCUCGCCACCAGCCUCCUCCUCGCCCUCGCCCGCGCCUGCGGCUCCUCCCACCUCCACCCGCCUCCGCAGCAGGCCGAAGGCGCGACGGACGUCCUCAACUCGCCCACGUCUGACGCCGGCGCGGGCGGCGGAGAUGUUGAGUCGGAGGAGAAGAAGACGGCGGCGGAGCUGCCCCACGACGACGACGAUGACGAAGGGACGGACGAGGAAAAGCGGGUGAUCGACGCCGUCUUCCUCGUCGUAGGCUUCCUCACGAGGCUGGUAAAGGCCGCCGAGGGCGUCAGCCGCGACGCCGUCGACGAGGGGUUCAAGUCGACGCACAUGCAGGACAUCGUCACGGACGUGAUCAAGCUGGAGAACCAGCUCCCCCUCGACCGCAUCCUCGGCGUCGUCGGCCGCGUCCAGAGCGCGGUGCGCCACGUCGCCGCCACCGACGCCAGGUUCGAGGGGCUCCGGGAACGCCUCCAGGGCUACCAGCUGGGCUUCACCGCCGCCACCUUCUUCGACGACGUCGUCAGGCCCUUCUGCUGGUACUACUCGCCCUUCUCCAACAAGCAGCUUCCGGCCGUGGACCGCGCGGCCCAGCACGACGACGACCGCGAGCGCACGCUCCUGGACUUCCUGCACGCCACCGUGGUGCCGGCGCCGCCCGGCGCGGAGAAGGGGGCGGCCGGCGGCGGCAAGACGUCCCGCAUGCCGACGGCCAGGGAGCUGAGCCGCUCCGGCGUGCGGAUCGCGCCGGGGGAGGACGGCCGCGCGGCGGUGGAGUUCGACGAGGCGUCCGCCAGGCUGCAGCUGCCGGCGCUGGUGUACGACUUCAAGCUGGCCACGGUGGCCAGGAACCUGCUGGCGCGGGAGUACCAGGAGCAGAACAAGCCGGUGACGCGCUACUUCCAGAUGAUGAAGGAGCUCGUCGACGAGGCGGCCGACGCCAAGAUCCUCCACCGCGCCGGCGCCGUGCGCGGUGGCGGGGCGUCGGGCGCCGAGGUGCACGAGCUGGUCAAGCGGAUCCACAGCUACGCGACGUACCCGUCGGUGUUCAUGGCCAUGGACGUGCAGAUUGAGAAGGUGAGGCGGUUCCACGACAAGAGGAUGCAGAACUUCCUCGUGCGCUACCGCCCCGGCGUCAUCUGGGCCUCGUCGGUGGCCGCCGUCUCCUUGGUCGCCAUUGUUGCCGCCAGGAGACGGGGUUGAAGAAGCCAACAACGGCUAUAAAACGGCUCGUGUAUGAUCGAAGAAUAUACAGUAAUACGUAGGUACAACUAACAAAUAUGUCUCUGCGUUGCAAUGAAAAUAAAAAAUAUUAUGUUCUAACCAAA